AUGGCAGAUUAAAAGUAGAUCGAAUAACUUAGAUAUGCAAUAUGGAUGGCAAUAAUGUAAAGUACUAUUUGAAAUAUUGAUGUUAGAUAAAAAUGAAUAAAUAGUUUAGUUUUUUAAUUCCCCAAAAAUUUAAAUAAAUGUUAAUGUAGCUUUAACAAAUUAAGGUUUAACAGCACUUCAUUAGGCAGCAAGUAAUGGGAAUUUGAAUUUAGUUUAAUUUUUAGUAGCAAUUUAGAAGGCAGAUAUUGAUCAACAAGAUUUAGUAAAUAAAAAUGUAAUAAUUAGUUUGGAAGAACUCCUCUUCAUUUUGCAUGUGCAAUAGGGAAUUUAGCAAUAGUGGAUUAUUUAAUUUAAUCAAAGGCAUCAACAAAUAUUCAAACAAUAGUAUAAUUGAUAUGAAAAAUUAGGGAGGUGAGACACCAGUAAUGAAAGCAGCCUAAUUUCAUCAAUCACAGUUAUUAUAUUACUUAAUUGAGACACAUUCAGAUAAAAUAAAUUGGAAUUUAAUAAAUAAAGUACAAGUUACAAUAAAGAGUAGUUAGGAUAGAAUGUUUUAAAUAUAUUUCGUAUUUCUUGUGUGAAUUCUUUGGAGAAACUGAAUUAAUUAUCAAUGCCAAUAAAUGAUGUAAAGAUUGAAUUAAUGGGUUUGAUUAAAGGGGAAGAACAACACAAUAAUUAAAAUUAUGAGAAUAAUUAAUUAAAGUGAGAGUAGUUUAAAUAAACUAAUUAAUUAUGUGAG